AUGCCAACCCAAAGUAUGUUUACAUAUCACGCUUAUGGGUUAGAAUCGUUCGCGUUAGAAUAUAUUGAAUGUCCCGCCCCUGCACAGAAUCUUCCUGACUGGGGCUUAUGGGUGUGGCCCGAAGAUAACCCGUCAAAAAUACCCAGAAUUACUCCAGCACUGACAUUUGACCAGCAACAUAAAGAUCUUAUUUCCUCCGUCAGAUGGGCCAAUUCUGGAAAGUAUUUUGCCUUUGGGUCUUUUGGCAUUGUGCAGCUCUUUGAGGCAGAAUCAAUGUCUCUUUUAAAGGAAUUCUCGUGUGGCCUAGAAGCCUCUACACCGUCCACCGUUGGGUCUUUCAUCCGUACCAUUGACUUUCAUCCAAGCGGAUCCUUCCUUGCCGCGGGCUCUGAAAAUAAGGUCAUUUAUAUCCUUCAAUUCGACUCCAAUGUCCCGCUUCAAGUAAUCACGCAUCAUCCUCAAGACAUCUAUUGUAUAAAGUACUCUCCAUCUGGAGAACAACUAGCCUCGGUAAGUGGAGAUUCCCAUGUCGCAAUAUGGGACGUCCAUGUUGAAGAGCGUAAGCACAUUUUAUUGAAGGAAAUUUCGAUUUUGCGCGAGUCAGAUAGCGAGUAUAGCAAGGAUUGUAUAAUUUCCUUUGUCUGCUGGUCAAAAGAUGGCAAAUUCAUUUUUGUAACCUCCCUUGGUUCGUCUCUUUAUGUGAUAAAUGUUGAGCUUGGAACGGUCUCGAUACACUCGUCUGGCCAUUCUGCGUCUAUUUAUCACCUAAGCCUUUCUUCGGAUGGAAAAAAACUUGCUUCCGCCUCAUUGGAUAAAACAAUCAGAAUCUGGCUCAUCUCUUGCGAUGAAAACGACCAGUUAAUUCUCUCUUCCUGCCUUUCCAUCCUAGAGGGCCACCAGGAUUAUGUCCUUUCUGUAACUUUUUCGAGCGAUUCUCGAUACAUCAUCUCUUCGUCAAAAGACACUUCGAUCAUAAUUUGGUGCGCCUUUUCCUACACGCUUCUUUGUAAAAUAGCCUCGUAUAAGAAUUCAGUACUUUGCAUCGAUAGCCAUCCAAAGCUGCCAUUACUCCUUGUGGGUUCUGGAGACUGUAGGAUGUCCAUUUGGAACUACAAGUGA